GUAAAAACACCCAACUCAAUCCAUAAUUAAGUCACAAACCCAACUCAUUCCAAUCUCUGUAUCAAUCCCACCAUGAGGCAUCCUAAUCUGAUGCUUGGAAUUUUGAUAGUAGCACACUUAAGUGGUUUUCUAGCUGAAAAUACCUUUUCACAGUAUUGGGAAGAGCAUAUUGAUCUUCCACACCCUCCAUAUUGGUUUGUUGCAAAGAUUUCUCCAUUAACCCCCCAUCAGGUAAAUGUGUUUUUGAAACUUAUGGAGGAAAAUGAGUUUGCUUCCCACCUGCCAUCAUUUUGUAAGCUGGCUAAUGUUGCUUGUUCUACAAAUGCACUAGCAACCCUACCACCAAAAGUUCACUGGACUGAUGGCAUAAUAAAAUAUGAGCUUCCAAUUCCAAGUGGAACACCCUUGUGGGUUGCCAGCCAAGGGAGAUUGCCAUAUUUCCGAGAGUCAAUGGUGAAAGAAGGAGGUUUCAUGGAGAUCCCUGAUCUAAGGGACCCAAUGUCAUAUAAAUCAUUCUUGCCACGAUCUCUAGCAUCAAAAAUUCCAUUUUCCUCUACCCGGAUCAAGGAAUUGAAGAAGCUUUUUGGUGUAGUGGAUGAAUCAAACAUGGAUGAGUAUAUCCAAGACACCCUUAAGAUAUGUGAGAAGAUCCCUAUUAGUGGUGAGCAAUGUACUUGUGCGACUUCUGUCGAGGAUCUCGUCGAUUUUGUAGUCGAGAAAUUAGGACACCAUGUACGCAUAUGGAAUACUGAGAGUCCUGAAGGAUCUAAUGAGAAUGUCAGAAUUAGAGCUGUGAAACUAAUAUAUGGAAACCUCUCUGAACCACCAACCUUUUGUCAUAGUCAACCAUUCCCCUUUCAGGUCUAUUAUUGCCAUGCUCUUCAAAAAGUUAAAGUAUAUGCAGUUGAAAUACAAGCUCAGAAGAAAUUGAAUCAUGUGAUUAUGGCAUGUCACUAUGAUACUUCAACCUGGAAUCCAAACCAUAUAGCUUUUAAGCUGUUGGGUUUUGGCCCAGGCCUUAUUGAAGUCUGCCAUUGGAUAAGCCAAAAUGGAAUGGUCUGGACAAAGAAUCUAGGUUGAGCUGCACUUGAAGAUGAUUUGAUUAUCUUCUAGUUCUCUUCUUUGUGUUAUGUUAUUGCAGAAGCUAUUUGAAGGAUAAAUAAAAACCUAUAUUAACUUGCUUAUUUA